CCCCUGUGGCUCCUGCUCGACUAUUAGAGCUCAGACCCGUACGCCGGUCUGCAGGGUGGAGGCUAGCACAAGUCCCACAGCAGCUCACACUCUGUUGCUUCCAGACAGUGUUGAAAAAACGAUUUAAACUCAGAAUGUUCGGCAGCGUGCAUUUGGCCAUUUUUUACAUAACUGUGGCCUUCGUGCUGGAGCGCCCUGUCAAAGGCUUGUUCCUGAAGGAGCAACGCAGAAACGCAGAGGCGAACCAAGCGCUCGGUAAAGCUAUUUUAGAAAUGCUUCACAUCAAGAAGGUGUCGGCGAGUCAUCUGGCCAAACCACAUCCUUACAUGAAGAGGAUCUAUCAGCAUCUGGAGUCACUGGAAGCUCAAGACGUUGGAAAAUCAGAUGGAAUCCUGGUGCAGAGUUUUCGAAGUGUUGAAGGUCCACUUCAUGCUCCUCCAGGAUGGAUCUGGUUCAACAUCAGCAGCCUGAAACCUUCCAUGCUGGCCGCAGAGCUGGUUCUGUACAGGAAGACCCUCCAUUCCCGCCCGCUCAGCGUGACCGUGAACCUGCACAGCAUCAUCGCCUCAGCGGAUCACCUGAAGGAGAUUCCUGCUCUGGAAGAGAGGCAGCUGAUGCUGCACCGGAGGCCCUCGUCUGAGUAUGACGUGUUUGACGUCUCGGCUGUUUUAGCCGCGCAGCCUUUGGAGCUGGCGGGUUUCCAGCUGAGAUAUAAAGAUGAGAGUGGGAGUCUGGUCCUCCAUGACGCACUGACUCAGAGUCUUUACAGUCUGAACAGAGGCUCUCUGCAGGAACCCUUACUGGUUCUUUACGAAGCGAAUCCUCUUCAAUUUUAGCUCCAUCACCCUGAUCUGUUGGAAGGAGAGCCGGAACCUCCAAUUCAAAGCUCAUUAAUGUUUCCAAAGACAAAUUCCUUUAAAAAAGCUCCAGUUUCUUUGCUCCAGUAACAGAUGAACUGAGUUUCUGUUCAGGAUGAUUUGCUUCUAGUGUUCUCAUGGAGGCAGGGGCGGAUUUACCAUUUGGCAAUACUAGGCAGUUGCAUAGGGCCCCAAGUCCCCAACUCCUUUUACAUGCAUGGUUAAUACAGCUAUUACUUAUUUGUGCACAUUAAUUAUGUUUUUGAUGAAAAUCUUUUCGUCAAAACGCAAUC